AUGGACACGCGACGUAUUUUUGUUGCGCUCCGGAUUCGUCCUCUCCUCGAUAAUGAACGCUACGAGCCCGUCUGUGUUCACAAAGCGGAUGAUAAUCAAACUUUGAUAGUUCAACAGGAUGAGAGCUCUGUCACUACAGUUGGUUCUCUUGCUUUUCGACUCGAUUACGUUUUUGACGUAAAUGAUGAUCAGCGCUCUGUGUACGAGGAUAGUGCUCGGGAUCUAGUAGAUCAUGCCCUUUCCGGCUUCAAUUCAACCAUUUUUGCAUAUGGACAGACAGGCUCUGGAAAGACUUACACCAUUUUAGGUAAUCUCGGACCCAACGGCACGGUUAGUGAGCAAUCCGGUGUGUUAUUACGAACUUUUAAUGAUUUGUUUCAGUAUAAGGCCGCGGUAAAGAAGAGAAUGCACGUUAUAAUUACACUUUCCGCGUUGGAGCUUUAUGUUGAGGAUGUAAUGGACUUGUUAGCGAGUCGGAAAAAGUUAACUCUCCGCGAAACCCCAGAGGAUAUGUACCCUGCAGGACUUACCACUGUGGAAGUGCACGACUUAACGGAGGUCGUGAAGUACUUUGAGAUUGCCAACUCAUUUCGAUCGACUGCGUCGACGAGGAUGAAUGCUUCCAGUUCACGCAGCCACGCGAUCUUUUUCAUCAACCUCUUUCAGAUUCCAAACCUAGAGGAUGGUGGCGGGGGUACCGCGCUACCUGAGCUCAGUAACCUGAUUGACGAGGCUAGUUUCCCCGUGGCGAACCUUUCAUUUCCGGGGUUGGUUCGCUCUCGGAUUGCUUUAGUGGAUUUGGCGGGAAGCGAACGUGUGAAGAGGUCUGGUGUGCAAGGGCAAAACAUGCUGGAGGCGGAGUCCAUCAACAAGUCACUCUCUACCUUAGGUAAGGUCGUCAAUGCGAUGUACAUGUCGAGCCCUUACGUCCCUUUUCGGGAGUCUAAGCUAACAAAGCUCCUGAAGGCAUCUUUUACCGAUAACACAUCGCGGAUGCUACUGAUUGGACAGGUUUCACCACCCUCUAGUAGCGCACCGGAGUCUCUCAGCACAGUGCGGUUUUGUGAUCGCGUGAAAUCGCUCAAGCUUACACAGUCCCUUUGUUUCGGCAACCCUGAGGAGGAGGAGAGCUUCCUGCGUUCGCUUCAGCAGAAUGAGGAGUUGACGGCGGAGAUGCGCAUUUUAGCUGCGAGCUUAUACUUUAAACCACUCAACCUGCGCGGCCUCGCCAUAGCCAAAGGGGUCAGUGUAGAAGAAGAACGAAAGCGCGUUAUGAACGAGCUACGCGCUGGCGCCCAUGACCUUCAUGAACGGAAAGAGAAGGAACGAUUAGAAGCGGCUAAGGCGCAGGUCGAAGCAGAGCGCGAUGCCGAGCUAGAGCAAUUCAUUCUCACGAUGAACUCUCAGAUUGAGGAGUACGAGCAGCUCUUGCACGUUGGCAAGAAAGCAAAGAAGGCACUCAAACGUAUGGCAGAGGAGCAUCAGGCGGCGGAGAAUGAUCUGAUCCAUCAAGCUAAACGAGCAAAGAAGCUUCGCCUGAAGCUGGAGGAUCAUAUGACCGGACUUCUCGCUAAGGUGGACGAGGAGCGCGCGAACGAAAAAUCCCUAACGUCAAUGAUCUUUGAAAUGGAUACGGAAACCAAUACCGAUGCGGAGACGAGCAACGUCCCUCCAACGGAUCGCCCGGGGAAAAACCUCGAGAUGGAGGACGUCAUGCACAAGCUAAUCACGUUUUACUACAACCGAAGCUUGGAGCUCAACAAGCUUCGUUCGCACUACGUUCAGCGCUUGUUCGCAACAUAUCGCGAACGGCGUUCGGUGCGCUGGCAGAAGCUCAUGAGCUCAACGCUUGUAACGGAGAGUACGCUGUUGCAUGAUAUCCUCCAAUUUGUCGUGGACCGCGCGGUGGACAUUUCGGAGGGGAAUCCGAGGGCGCGGUUUGGGUGGAAUUGGGAAGAUAUCGACGGUCUAAGCACGAAACUGCGGACCCCUGAGCAGCUAUACCCGCCGCUUUACUUAACGCCGCGUGCCCAUCACGCCGAAUUGCAGGAUGCCGUCGACGAGGGUUCGCUAGGGUGCAGCGCGAGCCCAGCGUUCAAUUCACACCUCGACGAGUCUAGGAGUUUCAGCGUCGACGGCGAAACCAGCGACGGCUACGAGCAGAUGGCGGCGAUCGGGGCGUUGCAGCGGCGCGGUCGACGGCAGCAUCGUUCCGGACCCCUAAAGGGGUUGUCUUUCAACCAAAAAGCCCGCCACCCCUCUGAUCUCAGGAGCGAUAGCUACUCCCAGCGCUCGAACGGCUCCGGCGGCGACAAGCCGCUUGACAAUGGCUUUCAUCAGCCGCACGCAGACAAUUUUUUGGAGAACAAUUGGCAAACACCCAAAAAGAAGCCUACCCUUCCAGGGGAUCUUGACGUGCUGGUGGACGAAAGCGACAGCGAGGAAAAUGCGGAAGGCGAGUCCAAAAACUCGAACGGCAAGCUGUGCAGCCCUUCUGUCGAGAAAAUGAGCAAAGGCGAGCAUGAUCGGCGGUACGUGGUUAAGGUUUACGAUUCCCCGGCAUUGGUGCAGAAUUUAAUUCUUUUCUUGCGAAGUGGGACGGUGAUGCUGAAGCACGGUCGUAGCGGGAGGCCGCACCGGCGUCUUUUCUGGGUUUGCACCUCGCGAACCCAAAAGGACCUUCUCUGGACAGAUCCCCAGCUCGGCGCCCAGAGUAGCCCCUCCACCAUUUCUCUCAACGAGGUCUCUUCCAUUCAGCUUGGCUUUUUCAGUAAAGUCUUCCAACGUCACCCGAUCCCUCCCUCCCAUCCUUCCUUUUUUUACAGCUUCACGCUCGAGCUGAAGGGUGGCGCGCGGACGGUAGAUAUCGUUGCGAGCAACCUCCCCGACUACGAGGCAUGGGUAGUCGGUCUCGCCCACCUUGUGGGUGUCGACCCCUUCUGGGGAUCGAAACUCAACAUCACGGGCGAGAAAGGCUUCGAACAGCUCUCCUACUUCGAGUCAAACCUCUGUGAGACGCACUUCAUUUUCCCGAUGGACUACCUUACACUGAAGAACAAGCUGAUCGCGUUCACGAAGCGCACUCUGGAGGUGCUGGAGCAGUGCGAGGGCGACGCGAGGAAGGCCCAGAAGAUCCUCAAAGGCAUUCACCUGCCCGCGCUGAAUUCGAAGGGUGCGCUUUACAUGACGAAGGGUGAACUGCGAUUUCUUUGCCCGGAGUUGUCAUUGGAUAUUUUCCGUAUUACGCAUAUAUGGAUGCUCUUUCAGCAGAUGAACUUGGUGUAUGAUAACAACUUUGUGCCAGCUACGGCGUUUGGUAUCACUAAGCGUGCAUAA